AUGCAGGUCUUUUACCUCGCCCUCAUAUUCUCCGUUAAAUCUUUUCUCCUUCUCCAGCCUUUCAGUAGCCCUACGUUUGCGGAUCAGGGUGUAACUGAUGUAAUAGAUCGUUCAAAUCAAUCUGAUACAAGCAACAACUAUAACCCUACCACCGUAGCCCCUACCACCGUAGCCCCUACCACCGUAGCCCCUACCACGAGAGUCCCUAUCACCGAAGCCUCUACCACUAGAGCCCCUACCACCGUAGCCCCUACCACGGGAGUCCCUAUCACCGAAGCCUCUACCACCGUAGCCCCUACCACGGGAGUCCCUAUCACCGAAGCCUCUACCACUAGAGCCCCUACCACCGUAGCCCCUACCACGGGAGUCCCUAUCACCGAAGCCUCUACCACUAGAGCCCCUACCACCGUAGCCCCUACCACCGGAGCCCCUACCACCGAAGUCUCUACCACUAGAGCCCCUACCACCGGAGCCUCUAAUAUAGAAAAUUCUACCAUCGAAGCCACUACAACUAUGGUCCCUACCAACGCAUCGUCCAGCAUUACAGCCUCGCAGUUACCUAUUACUAGUAAGUGGUUUUGUCCUCAACGUACUAUCUCAAUUCAUCUAUUUGUUCAAAACACGAAUGGUAGGGACCCUGGCUAUCUGUGCUUGACUUAUCCCAACUUCUCACCUAGCAUUGACGGCAAACCGUUUGUGCUGUAG